AUGCCACUUGAAGAGAAUACCAAUGUCAAGCUGUGUAACAAAUGUCGACGCGAUAAUGAUGCUGAGGCUCUAGCGGUCAGUCGUCAAGUUGCUCAAGCAGAGCUUCAAGGAGCCUCAUUUCGUCAAGCCACUUCCAUGGCUCAGCAGGGCAUUGCCUCUAGUGCAUGGUUGCUGGACGAGAGGUCACAGAAAAAGGUGGCUCUCAAGGCAGGCCUUAACUCCAGGGGCCCUGCAAUGCAAGUGCGGAUCAUGCUCAUGUGUGCAGGGAAGCUACAGGACUGGAAAGAUUCUGUCUUUGACCGGGGCUUUCUGGGGAAAUGGAAAGAAUCAUUGGCAUCUAACGUGGAAGAGGCGCGGGUGAUAGGUCAAGAGAUGUGGGCCCGAGGCUUGGGAGAGGCAGAGUUUGGGCGUACAUUCAACCAGAAGGAUACAGAGCAGACUGGCUUCAUACACGUGUUUUGGAUACUAAGUGUUGAUGAUUUGACCAACUUCAAGCUGCCAGAGCCGGCCUUGCUUGUAGAUGAAACAACCAACUCUUCUGAUAUGACAAACUCUCGAAUGUCGCGACGUGUUGCUCCAUAUUCCCGAAUUGUGGCUUCUACUCAUCCAAGAACAAGUAGUAGCCACACCUCAAUCGAUUCAAUCAAUCAAAGCAAAAGUACUACGUCUCUCACAGGAGCAACUUUGUUUGCUAGCUUUCGUGCUUCAAGUCUUGCUGUUCAGAAUAAGGAGACCAUGAGCCGCAUGGCACUCGGAGUUUCUCAAUCACAUCGCUUUGUCUUCAAGCCAGUCGAAUUUGUGAAAACAGACUUCCACCACAAGAAGGAUGGCUCAUUUUUUGGCAUACAAAGCUCUCUACUAGCUGGUCUAUUGGCAAGCAAGCCAUUUGCUGCCGGUAGCCACAAACAGGCAUUUGAAUUCCGAUAUAACGAGGUUGACCUUGUGGCCAAGCGACACUUCCGUUUUGACCACAAGGAGUUAUCUUUGGCAACUAUGUCAAAGUCUACCAAUCACCAACUUCUUGAAAUGGAGUGCAAGAAGGCCAUCUUGGUUGCCUCUUAUCUAAAGGCGUUUUCAGAAGAGUUGUCAAAAGUUUACGAUAAACUGGAUCUUCCCAACCUCAUUUACACACCCUGCUUUCUUGCAACUUUGUCGUCUACUGAGGAGGAAACCUACAUGGUGGAACCCGAUCUGCGACCUCUGGGCAAGUACAUCAAGAUCAACAACACAGACGAGUUCGCCAUGCCUGAUGAGGAAGAAAUUGAAAUAGAAGAUCAACGUCUCUAUCGAUUCAUGCACGCAUUCAUUCAUUUUGUGUUCCAUCGAUCAAUGGCAGGGUUGAAAACUAGUGAGGCUCGAGAGGAGGCUAUGAUUGUUAUUGCCGACAUUCAAGGGUUUCGUAAAAAGGCAUCAGUGACCAGAAGGGGGCCGGUCGAUCAUGGAGAGUUCCACUUGUUUGAUUUGGUUACUCACACGGCACGGGGAGACUCAAGUAUGGGUGAUGGUGGUGCUGGCAUGUUGAACCAGUUCUUGAACCAGCAUAUCUGCGGGGAUGCGUGCAAGGAACUUGGUCUGACAACUGCUCAAGGUCACCAAAAGUCAUUCCCUCGUCCCAUGAAAUUCGUCAGCUAUCGUCAUCGUCCCUGGUGGAUUGUGGAGGCUCAGAAGGAGCAUGAAGCCAAGAGCAACAAGGAAGCUGACAGAGGAGCAAGUGCAUUUGACUCCAUCGAAGAAAAUGCAGGAACACAAGGGGGAAAUAAUGGUGAAAAGGAAAUAGAGGACACGGAGACAUCUUCCUCGUGA